CUUUGAUAUUCGAUAAUUGAAGUAUGUAAAUUAGAAAACGGAAUUGGUUUAGCAUGAAAAAACCUUAUCUUUACAAAUGACCACAAGAAAUCAUUAGUGCAAUAACCGAAGAUGUGCGUUGACGUGUCUCAAUGACGUAACGUUCUCUUUCUGCUACGAAAAGUCGAAUUCUCGAGAAACAUACUACAAAAUGAACUCAAGAAGGUUCUUACCAAUCUGUUCGAACUAAAAAUCGGUUCAUUGGUAGAAAUACGAUAAAGAUUGAGCCAUCAAAAUGAAGCUACGGAAGGAGUUGCUAUUACUCUUACUGGUUAUGUCUGUUUCAUCCGAAUCAGAAGUUUCUAAGAAACAAUCAGAGGCUUCUGAUGAAGAAGCAGAAGAAGAUGUCAGUUUAGAAGAGAAUGUGUUUGAACAUUUGAGAGAACUGAAGGCUUUGCACGAUACUAUUCUAAAAAUGGUCCCAGCUUCUGAACCAUAUCUUAGCGAAAAAAUUACAAAAAGGAAAGAGGAAGUAGAAAAUGAACCAAAAACUAAAGAGGAAAGUUCUGGAAUGAGAAAUCUUUGGAUAAGGGCAAUGAUAGCACAGGCUAAGGUUAUAAACUCACCAAAUAGUAAUUUAAGGAUUGAGGAAGAUGAAACAAAAACAUGGAGCGAAGAGGAGCAACUCGAGUCCUUGAAUGAAGAGACUGCUCAGGAACCUCUUUCUCCGGAACAAGAAGAGGCGGAGCAAAUAUUUAGGAAAGCACAACGUCUCUUAAAUGCCACACGGUCUAAUAAAGCAGAGGCUUACGAGCUAUUAACGUCCGCAGCAAUUCUUGGUCAUCGUGAAGCUAGAUCUAUGUUGGCCUGGGCUCAGUUGCUGGGAAUGCAAUUUGGUCCAACUUCACUCUGGACAUCUAGUCAAGACAUUUCAGCUGCUUACCAAACAUUUAAAGAACUUGCUGAAACUGGAUUACCAUCCGCUCAUAUGGGUAUGGGAUUUUUAUAUGCAACAGGAUUAGGUGGAGUGAAUGCCUCACAGCCUAAGGCACUUCUACAUUACACAGCAGCAGCUCUUGGCGGAGAUACUCGUGCGCAAAUGGCACUGGGAUAUCGUCAUUGGGAAGGUGUUACAACGCCAGCUUCAUGCGAAAGAGCUUUGGACUUUUACCGUAAAGUCGCUAACAAAGUUGCAGAAGAAGUUUCCUUUAGCGGGGGACCUGUUGUCCAACGAGUUAGACUUCUAGAUGAACAGGAGAAUCCUGGAUACAGCUCAGGAAUUUUUGAUCAGGAUCUGAUAGAAUAUUAUCAGAUGCUGGCAAAAAAGGGAGAUACACAGGCUCAAGUUGGAUUAGGACAACUACAUUACCAGGGUGGCAGAGGUGUUCCAUUAGAUCAUGUAAGAGCAAUGCAUUAUUUUCAACAUGCUGCUGAUGCUGGAAAUCACGUCGCUAUGGCUUUUCUAGGAAAGAUUUAUUUAGAGGGCAAUGACAUAGUGGAACAAGAUAACAAAACGGCAUACAAAUAUUUUAAAAAAGCUGCGGAGCUCGGAAAUCCUGUCGGACAAAGCGGUUUAGGGCUUAUGUAUCUUUAUGGAAGAGGAGUUGAAAGGGAUACUGCAAAAGCUCAUCAAUACUUUAGUCAAGCUGCAGAGCAAGGAUGGGUUGAUGGACAGCUCCAACUUGGCAACAUGUAUUUUAGUGGAACAGGGGUGAAACGUGAUUACAAAUUAGCAAACAAGUACUUCAGUUUGGCCAGUCAAUCUGGUCACGUUCUGGCAUAUUAUAAUUUAGCACAAAUGCAUGCCACUGGCACAGGCAUGAUGCGUAGUUGCACAGCUGCUGUUGAACUUUUGAAAAAUGUUGCUGAAAGAGGCAAAUGGAGUGACCAGUUGGUGGUUGCUCACACAGAUUAUAGAGAAGGUCGAAUCAACGAAGCUUUCGUCAACUAUGCUCUCCUUGCAGAAAUGGGUUAUGAUGUUGCGCAGAGUAACGCUGCAUUUAUACUUGAUAAAGGGGAAACUACAAUACUGUCGGAAGAAGAAGGAUUAGUUAGGGCACUUUCUUUGUGGGCAAGAGCUGCCGCGCAAGGAUAUUCUGCUGCUCAGGUUAAACUAGGAGAUGCACACUAUUAUGGUAAAGGAACGAAAGUUGACUAUGAGGCUGCAGCUAGUCACUAUCGAUUAGCUUCUGAACAGCAAACAAAUGCACAGGCAAUGUUUAACCUCGGAUACAUGCACGAACGUGGUUUGGGCCUGGCGAGAGAUCGACAUUUAGCUAAACGAUGUUACGAUCUCGCAGCAGAAGCCAGUCCAGAUGCUAGAAUUCCUGUAGCAUUGGCUCUCAUAAAACUCUCUUUCCUUUUUGGUUUGGACUAUCUACAAGAAUUUAGCUUUGUCGAUCAUCUGAAUAAAUGGGACCAGCUUUUGGGCCAGAAUUGGGACUUGUAUCUUAUAGGACUGCUCACUGGCAUACUCAGUUUAAUCAUUUACUUCCGCAGGCCACAGCCACCACCUCCGCCUAGAAUUAAUUAGUUAUUUACUAUUUUUGUUUGAGUCCUUCUUUUUCUUUUAGAUGAAGUCAAGUUUGUUACUGAUGGUUCAUAAAUACACGCACGUGCGUGCAUACCGA